ACAAUCUCAUUCUCACCGGACUACUUUCACACCCCUUUGGAGUCUCAACCAGAACGGUGGUUACCCGAAGCUUAUAGAGAAGCUUCAUCUUCAAAGUCCAAUAACGCCCGUAGCCGCAUCGAACCGUUCAGCAUCGCCCCGAGAUCCUGUAUUGGAAGGCCCCUUGUGCUUGCUCAAUUAAGACUUGUGUUGGCGAAGAUGGUGUGGAAAUUUGAUAUCGAGAAAGCAAACACAAAAGCCGGUGGUCUGCAAUGGGAGGAGCAGAAGACUUUUACUGUGGUAGAAAAGCUUCCUUUCGACGUGAAGCUUACGUUGGCGAUGCGAUGA